CUUCACAGCCGCAUCCCUCUUCGCUAUUCUCAGUUUCUCUUUUUUUUUUUUUUCCAAAACAGCCUCAAUCAAUCUCUCAAGAACUUAUCAAAAACGAAAAGAUGCAAGUGGUUUAUAUGGAAAAUCAUUCCCUUACUACCACAAGCUAGCAGAAAUAUAUGGACGAGAUCGUGCUACUAGGGCAAAAUGCUGGUAAUGCAGAUGACGAUGAAGAAGAAAUAUGCCAUGAUGAUGCAACUAGUGUGGAAUUUGGAGUUGAUGAUAACAUAAAUGAUGGUGGAGAUGAUGAAGAAAUAGAUGAGUUUGAUGGUAUCUCAAAUACUCAACAACCAACUAAUAUGGGUCGACGUAGAUCUACUGAGAGUACUAUCAAUAAUCAAAAGUCUGGUAAGGAUAAAAAAUCUAAGGUUAUCGAUAGUAUUUCCACAAAUAAUGGUGCAUUGGCAGAAUCUGUAUCUGAAAUUGUCCCGAAGCUUCAAGGAUUGACAGAUGCAUUAUCAAAUAAGAAUGUAACUGAGAUGCAAGACAAUUUAUACACAGAAAUAAGCAAGAUCGAAGGUCUUACUAUAAUGCAGUGUAUUUGAGCAACCAACAUAUUGGUUAAAGAACCUGUAUUGAUGCGAGUAUUUUAUGCAAUAUCAUAUGAGAUAAAAAUGCAAUAUACUAUGAAUUUGUUGCAAAACGAUGCAUAAUCAUAUACUCCUUAGAUAUUUGUAUUUUGGUUGAACAUAUUAGAACAUCAUUAUUUAUUUUUUUUUUUUUUUGUAAGGAGCUUGUUUUAAUAUUUAGUUAUAUUUUUUAUUCCAAUAAAAUGUUUAUAGUUUUUCUUUUUUGAGUAAUAUUAUGUUUGUUUAUGAAAUUUAUUAAAUCUUUAAUAAAUAUUUUUUAGUUAUAUUUAACGUUCGCAAUUGUAUUAUUAAUUAAAAAAUAAAUAUUAAUUAUAGUAUAUAUUUAUUUAUGAAUUUAUUUAGUUAAUUUUAUAAUAAAUAAAUUAAAAAUAAAUAUUUACUAUGAAGGGUAAUUUAGUCAAUUUAAAGUAUUCUGAUUACCUUUUCUAGUUAUGUAAAUAAAAUUAAAUGAUUCUGAUUCCCUUUCUAGUCAAUUUUAUAAACAACAUAAUAAAAUAAUGAUUCGAAUUGUUAAAUUUUUAUUCCUUUUUAUUUCUCUCAUUCAUUUAUUCUGAUUCCAAUUAUAAUUUAGUAAAAGUACCAUAAAUACUUUAGAGUGAUUAUGUACUGAUGUACCCUUGAUUUGUUUCGGCAUCUAGAAGAAUUUUUUAGUUUAAGUUUUUUUUUU